UCAUUACAGCCGCCCCUUAAUGCCCCCGCGUUCCCGCCCGCAGAGCCCCCCGAACUUCUGCAGCUCCUCAGGCAGCAGCUGAGGAGCAGCCGAGCUGUUAGCCUGUUAGCUUAGCGCAGCUCGCCUGCACUGGCCUGAGAGCGAGCAGAGGGGUUAGCCAACCCGCUAACACGGAGAGGUUACACUGUCUCCCCGGGAGAUUUACGUUAAGUUACCCUCACAGCGGUUAUUUACCCCAGCCCUCUGCCGCUGCCCCCGCCUCACCCGGACCCCUAGCUAAAGCUCUCCUCCUGUAGUAGACUGGUACACUGUUAGCGGGCUGAGGAGACCAGCUCAGGGCUCAGAGCUCAGGCUUGCCUGCCUGCUAGCUAGCUAACUCUGGAUGGCUAGGGUUUGAAUGGACUGUCCAUGGACGUGACAGUUUUGGGGUAAGGACAGCAUCACCUCCUGUCACACAGCAACUGGUGGUGGAUCACAAUGCAACAAGUCCUAGAAUAUGCAUUGGAUCGGGCUGAGUACAUCGUCGAAAGUGCUCGACAACGACCGUCUAGGAGAAGGGUCUCUUCAAGUGGGAGGAAGUCGUUAUAUCAGAAACUGUAUGAAUUGUACAUUGAAGAGUGUGAAAAAGAGCCAGAGUUGAAGAAACUUAGGAGAAAUGUGAAUCUACUAGAGAAGCUGGUGUCACAGGAGUCGGUCUCGUGCCUGGUGGUCAACCUGUACCCUGGGAAUGAAGGAUACUCAUUGAUGCUCAGAGGCAAAAAUGGAUCUGAUUCUGAGACAAUUCGGCUUCCGUAUGAAGAAGGAGAGUUACUGGACUACUUGGAUGCUGAGGAGCUACCUCCUAUCCUGGUGGACCUUCUUGAAAAAUCACAAGUGAACAUAUUUCACUGUGGCUGCGUGAUCGCAGAGGUCCGAGACUAUCGACAGUCUGGGAAUGCCAAAAUGCCCUCUUAUCAGAGCCAUCAUGUACUGCUGAGACCCACUAUGCAGACCCUGAUCUGUGAUGUUCAUGCCAUGACAAGUGAUCACCACAAGUGGACACAGGAUGACAAACUGCAGCUGGAAAGUCAGUUGAUCCUGGCCACAGCAGAGCCUUUAUGUCUGGACCCCUCCGUUUCAGUCUCCUGCACCGCUAACCGUCUGCUCUACAACAAGCAGAAGAUGAACACACGCUCUAUGAAACGGUGUUUUAAGAGGUACUCACGAGCAGCUCUAAACCGGCAGCAGGAGCUGGCCCACCUCCCCACGCCGCCCCAGCUCCGACUGCUUGACUACCUUCACAAAAGAAAAGAUAGGAAAUCAACGCCUAGUGUGGACCUCAAAAUCUCCAAGGCUGGCAAUUGUGUGGACAUGUGGAAACAGAAUAACUGCCAGCUUACUGCCCCAGCAGAGGUCGAUGUGGAAAGAUAUGCUGUAGUGGAGAAGGCAAUCAAACUAGAGGAUUCUCAGCCUACGCAAGUUUGGCCUGCGCAGGAUGUGAAAGACGACUACACUUUUGAGUGUGAAGUAAGUGGCCAGCCUCAGAGGACAAAGAUCACCAUCUUCCAGUCUACAGGAGACCCGUUGGUGUAUGGGAAAAUUUACAGCGCCAAAGACCCUAAAGCAGAUGAUGAAAUUUCAGAUCUGCACCUCAUUCACCCGCAAUUCCUCCUCGGUUCAAAGGUAGAUGCAGAACGGUUUCUGGCUCAGUAUAAGGAAGUUUAUGAGACAGAUGUAAAGUGUGAAGUGAAGAUAUUGCACAACUCCAGUAGUGUGGGAGCCCCGGGCCAGCUCUCACCUUCCAGGGAGGCAGAGAUGGAUGGAUUCUCACCAUUGGUCCAGUCGUCAGUGCUGGGGAAGGGAGUGAAGCACAAACCUCCCCCCAUUAAACUGCCCUCUGGCUCUGGCUCCACCACCAGCUCCUCAGGUAAUCCCUACAAUACUCAAGCCCCCAGUGGCCAUUUAAAGUGCCCAACUCCGCCGCCCAAUAAAGGUCCGUCUCUGUCACGGAAACACUCCAUUGAGUUAGGCCAGGUUGGCCUGCUGUCCCCUGCUGCACUCUCCCCCAUGCAGAGAUCAGGAACACCCAAGCCAUCCACACCCACCCCAACCAACACACCCUGUUCUACACCGCAUCCAACAGACGUUCAGGGCGCCACACCCUCAGUGACGCCCACCCCCCAGGACACAGCCAUGUCCCAGCAGCCGGCGCUGCUUGCACCCUUUACCCAGCAGCAGAUGGCCCUGCCUGUAAUGACCAUCCCCCUGCCCACCUCAAUCAGUACAGGCACCACCUCGUCCCAGGUUAUGACGAACACCGCGGGGCUGAACUUCAUCAACGUGGUGGGCCCUGUCUGCAGUCCGCAGACUUUAAUGACUGGCUCUAACCCGAUGUUGGGCUGUAGUCCUGGGACACUGGCACCUGGAAUAAACCUGAGUGGAAUUUUACCUCCUGGAGGCCUAAUGUCCGGCACACUGCCUGCCAUGCAGCCUGCAGCUCCUGCAGGUGGUCCUUUUGGCCUAAACAAUGCCCAAGGUUUGCGGCCACUCAAUCUUCUACAGAUCCCUGGUACACCACUCAUCUUUAACUCUUUGCAGCAGCAGCAGCUUUCGCAGUUCUCCCCGCAGCAGCAGAGCAGCCAGUCUGCAACCUCCAGCCCACAACAACAGGGGGAGUCGACUGAACAGGGACUGACUGCAGAACAGGGUCUUGCCGCACAACAGACCGCUGUCAUCAACCUCACUGGGGUGGGGGGAUUCAUGUCUCCGCAGACAGCAGUGCUGUCCCAGCUGGGUUGUGGUCUGGAGGGCUCUGGGUCCAGCCUGCCAUCCCCGAGGCUCCAGCAGCAGCACCAGCCACAGAUCCAAUUGCAAUUCUUGCAACAUCAAAUGCAGCAGCAGCAGCAAAUGGCUAUGGCGGCGGGAGCGGGAGCUCAGGCAGCGCUGCCACGGCAACAUUCCGCCAACCAACCAAGAAGUAAGAGGAAACGCAGCACGCCUCAGCCCCUCCCCAAAUCAUGACUACGGACUCAUCCACUCAUCCAGGACACGCCCUUAAUGAGGAAGACACUGUGCUUGGUCAGCAUUUUUCCUGACUGACUGUGACUACCACCCAUUCUUUUCCUUUCCUUCUUUUUGUUUUUCUUUUCACUGACUUUAUAGCUGAGGACAUGGUGUAUCCACUUGACUUCAGGCCAAAUGAGUGUACUUUUGAACAAGGAUUUUUAGAGCUUGGAACAUUUAUUUAAGAUCAUAUUUUUUUUAAAGAAAGAGAUAUAAAAUUGAGAAUUCCUUUAGAGUGCUCUAAGGAAUGCUCUCGUUUUCUCCUUCCUGACGUCCCUUUCUGUGGGAGCCCGCUCACCCAAGAAUGGAGCAUUCUGAAGACAGCUGAAGAACAUGUUCUAAAGAGAGUCCUACAGACGUGCCUCAAACUCCUGCUGGUGAA